AUGGGUAUGGUUGCAAUUUCUCGGAGGCAUAAGAGACGAAAGGGAGACUAUGGAAAGAAGGAAAAGAGAACGGAGGAUGAGGGUAGUCUUGUGGAUGGGGAAGCACACGAUGAAAAUUGUUUUUUUAGUGAUGUGAAUAAUGAUAAGAAUUUGGGGGAUCUGCAUGGGUCCUCAGAUGAUGGGAUCAACAACAGUAAAGACCAUUCGUCCGCCGAGGAGGACGAUACUGGAUUCAAUGAGAACAACAAUAACGAAUACAACAACGAGAACGAUGGCCAAAUGAAAGACGAGGACGACGGCCAAGCCAGUGAUGAAGGCGAUCAUAACAAUGAAGACAAAGAGAGUAAUGAAGAUGAAGACGAAGAUGAUUCUCAAAUCGAAAAGCCAACAAGUGAGAUUCAUAAUGGAUUCGAGAUUUUCGAAUCUCUAAGUGUUUUCAGUAGGAAUGGACUUGAAUUGGAACAAGAUCAUGAUGUAUAUAGUACACUCAGUAAUCUCGAGUGUGCAGGAAAGACCGGAAUGAGCUCUAAGGAUAACGGACAAAUCUCUUCAUCGCCGCCCACAUAUCAACACCACACCCCACGCUAUCUGAGCUCAAUUUCUAUUGAAAUGGGCCUUGUUGAUGAUGAGGAUUUGGUGGAAACUCGGAAGAGCAAUAUAUCGUAG